CUCCCGCUCAGCCUUGCCUUUCCCGUGGGCUUAUUCUUCCUUUUUCAUCCUAUCUAGGCCUGGUUCGAUCCCCUCACUACCAACAAACACACCCAUCCACAACAGGGUUGAAACAAAUCUACCACAUAGUAACAGACUGGCUGUGCCUGUUUAUAAUCACACACAACACCAUCCACACCUAUAUACAACCAGCUACACUCACACAAUGAAGUUCUCUGCAACCUCGCGAGCCGCCCCUCCGGCGCCCUUGGACUUCACCCACAGCCAAUACAACACCCCGGGCAGCCCAGACUCUUCGAGGCCGCACUCUGGCGAUUACACCCUCUCCUUCCCCGAUAGCCGCCGCCCGAACAAGCGCAAGGACAGCUCCAGCUCCAGCAAGACGUCCGGCUCCCUUGGCUCGUGGAGGAAGCCAUCCUCGCCCGGUACCGCCAACGCCCACUCUUACUGCGGUCGCCACAGCUCCCAAUGGCUCUUUAGCGGCUGGAACGUCUUCCGCAAGGGUGGAGUUUGAAGCAGUCAUGUGUUGCUGCCGAGUCGAAAUCAGCAAACGAUAAAAUACGCUCAAGGGCUCUUCUAACAUGGGCCAAACAACAACAAUGCAAACAACUUUUGCAGCCUCCCGCUGAAGAGACGGCAGCACAUGACUGCUCAAGCCCCCUCUAUGACUACAUAGUCUCCAAGGCUUGCAGACUGGGCUUCGGCACACACAAGGGCAUUCCCGUGGAGCAAGCCACAGCCGCUUUCGCUUUCACACUCUCUCCCACCGGCCUCGUGCGUGUACCCUUCAAGCGCCGAGCAGAGAGAGAGAGAAGAAUUAUUUCCAUGGCGCCGACUGAAAUCUCAUCGACGGAUUCUCGUGUCGGGUUUGCGCCCGAUUCCUUUUUUUUGGCUUUCUGUUAUAUGCACACAGCAUCAUCUAGUAUGUUUGACUCGCGGAUAAGCAGCUUGCAGCUGCCAAAAGUGCAACUAUGUUUCACGACACCGAGUGUGUGGUGAAAGGGAUCAACGGGAACUGGAUUUUCUUAUUCUCACCAGAUUUAUGAAUUAAUGAAAUGAUAUCCCUUGAGCAUGUAUUUAAUCUGUCAAUUUUGUUACUCACAACAUCUCUUUAACAUGCGCUCUCAAUUCAUGACUUUUCUAGUGA